CAGAUAUAAAAUCGAAACUUUCUGUCUCGUGGACCUCUUUCUGUUGCCUGCUUGAAUGUUUUCUGGUGGAAACAGUUUUUCCGUUCGACUUCUGAAGUACGCAGCUGCAUCGGUCCAGGCGGGGAUUUAACUCUUGUUAUUUUCCACUCACCGACACCCAUCUUGAUUCUUUUGAGACGUUCAAAUGCUCUUCAUCGCAGCCUUUGCAUCAAAAGGUGCUCUAUCCUGGCCUGACUUGGCAUCAGGCUUUACUGUUGGUGGAUGCAUGUUCAGAUAGAAGCUGAAUAGCCAGCUGUCUGGACCCCUUCUUUCUUCACCCCUGCGCUAUGAGCAGAGGUAGAGGAGGGCCUUACAAAGAACAGUCCCACCGGCACCCACCACUCCAUCUCCAGCAAAGGGAGCGUCAUGAACAAUCUGGCCCAUCUGCCUCCUUUCUGAGAAGCGGCCCCCAGCCCCAGGAGCCAUUCCCAAGUUACUACUCAUCUCCUCUUAUCCCCUCUGCUCUGCCCAUACCGAGCCCCACUAACACGCUUCCUAAACCUGCCAACUUCACCUCACAUCCUCCAAGUUGUGAUCCCCACCCUGCCCCUGAUUCCUUUCGCAAUCUGCAGGUCCAGUUUCUGAGAGGACAGAGAACCGAGGCACCGCAGUUCAAAGUUGAUUCCUCCUACUACCAGCAGCCGUCCAGUUACAGUAGACAUCCACAGUCAUACCGGGGUAGAGGGUGUUACAGCCAGGACCAGAGUAUUGCAUGGCCACCCAAUAAAAGACACCCACCAACCAGGCGCUUGACUCAAAACCCGGUGCAAAGUAGAUGCCGCAGCUCCUACUGUGAAUGGAGCGUACCAGAUAGCAAUUUUUGCACCAGUUUUCAGAGCUUGUCACUCUACCAGAGUAGGACCAACAGCAAAGACCACAAGCUGAGCUUCAGUAAAGGUUACAUCACUCUCACACCAGAAAUCCAAGACCAAGUCCACCAGGCUUUGACUGCUCUAAAACAAAGUGAGAGUAUCUCUGCAAAGUUGUUGGGCAAAAAACUACAUCUUCCCAGAAAGAUAAUCAACCAGGCUCUCUACGCUUUGGAACGUUCACAGAAAGCCUCCAAGCAAGGACUCUCACCUCCAUGGUGGACUUUAUACAAAGAAGCUGUCAGUAGCGAGCAACAGCAAAACCCCCAAACCCCCAAAGUGAAGUUAGAAAUCAAAACAGAAACUUUAGACGAGAGAGGACAGGUAGAAAAAAACAACACUGCUAUUGACAUCAGCUCUUUCUUCUCUUCUUCUGAGUCUUCUGUCUUGGAAGAAAGCCAGCCGCAGGAGAAACGACACCCGAGCCCCAGCACUACCCCUGAUCCACCUAAACCUUCAACCAUGGCAGAUCAGAAGGAGCGUGUUCUGCAGCACCUCCUGGAUUUAGGGGAGGUGACUUCGCUCGUGCUUGCCAAAAACAUGGGUCUGAAGAACUCCAUGCAGGUCAAUUCAACCCUCUACGACCUGGAGAAAAAAGGCGAUGUCGUGAAGAACAGCGAAGUCAAUCCCCCAACCUGGGAGCUCUCAACCCACCGCAGAGAGAGGAUGAGAAGGAGCCUCAAAGCCGCCAAGAGCAGCCAGGUGGAGGAAGUUGCUCAUGAGGUGAAGAUGGAGGAGUCUCUCUUACUGCCUGAACCAAUAAUAGCAGACCUGGAGCCACUGCCAUUUGACGAAAGUUGGAUACCAAAGCAUACUGAAGCGCCACCUUCCUUAAAUGCAAACCAGAGUGCAGAGACCAGCGAAGGACAGUGGGCCUCCGACGAUAUCCCAGAAUUCCUAAAUGCCAUCCGCAAAUCGACAGACGCAGAGACAGCGGCCAACCCGAUAGGAACCGUCGCUGUGUCUCUGGCUGCCCCACCGGCGCAGAACCUUUGGGCUAAAUUGCAAGAGGUUCGGCUGAAGAACCCUGUGAGCGGCCUGAUGGAGUACGCCCAAUAUCUUGGCCACAGCUGUGAGUUUCUACUACUUGACCAGUCAGGACCCUCCCAUGAUCCAAGAUUCCGCAUGCAGGUAAUGCUUAAUGGGAGACUGUUCCCAGUAGCGGAAGCGUCCACAAAAAAGGUGGCGAAGAAAGAUGCAGCUGCCGCCACCUUGCUGAUUCUUUUCGGAGAGAUGCAGGGAGGUGCAAGUACAGGGAGCGAGGGAAGUACUGCCGGUAUGGACCAAACCAAAAUGGGCAUACUUUCAGACUCUGGUCCCAUUGAAGGCUCUGGGGGGAUUUUUGGGGCCGGUAGUGUGGAAGUGAUGGGCAUGGCCGAGGGGUCCCGCCAGCCUCUGUCCCGUUCUCUGCCUGGGGGGAAGAAUCCGGUGUCGGUCCUGAUGGAAUACAGCCAACGCAGCGGGAACCCCAUUGAAUUUAUCAUCACUGGCCAAGUCGGCCCACCACAUGACCCGAGGUUCAUGUACAGAGUGAAAGUUGGAGAGACGACAUUUGCAGAGGCCUCAGCCCCAAGCAAAAAGGCAGCGCGCCAGCUGGCAGCAGAGGAGGCCGUCAAAGAAUUAAUGGCUGAUGGGAGGCUGCAGCUCAACAAGCCCCAGUUGCCUCUCGGCUCCAACAGCGAUAGCGAUAAUUGCGGGACGACUUGCCCCUCUUUGCCACCCCUGACGGCUGAUGAGCUGCGAGCAGCUCAUGAGGCGGGGGUCGGGGAUCUUAUCAACCACCUGAACAACAAUGCGGUUUCGGGCCUUCUGGAGUACGCCCGGGCCAGAGGAUUUGCUGCCGAGAUCCGUCUGGUGGGCCAGUCUGGGUCUGCACACGAGCCUAAGUUCACCUACCAGGCCAAGCUGGGUGGACGCUGGUUCCCUGCGGUGUGCGCGUCCAAUAAGAAGCAGGGCAAACAGGAAGCUGCCGACGCUGCCCUACGCGUUUUGAUUGGAGAGGCGGAGAGGGCUGCCCGGACUGGGGAGCUGAUCCCUGCUGAGCUUCCUGUGAGCGGCAGCACGUUGCACGACCAGAUCGCCAUGCUCAGCCACCAGCGUUUCAACGCCUUGACCACACGCAUCCAGCACAGCCUCCUGGGACGCAAGAUCCUGGCCACCAUCGUCAUGAGGAGGGGGGAAGGCCUGGGAACUGUCGUUAGCCUGGGAACCGGCAAUCGCUGUGUGAAAGGGGAGGAGCUGAGCCUUAAAGGGGAGACUGUAAAUGACGGCCAUGCUGAAAUCAUCUCCAGAAGGGGAUUUAUCAGGUUUCUGUACAGUGAGUUGAUGAAGCACUGUGAUGGUACGGACAACACUAUAUUUGAGACGGCGGAAGACAACAAACUGCGGGUCAAAUCUGACAUCACCUUCCACCUUUACAUUAGCACGGCACCUUGUGGGGAUGGCGCUCUGUUUGACAAGUCGUGCAGCGAGACGGGGGACGAGGCGUCCGGUCACCAGCCUCUAUUCGAGAAUGCCAAGCAGGGCAAGCUGCGCACCAAGGUGGAGAACGGCGAGGGCACCAUCCCAGUAGAAUCCAGCGCCAUUGUACCCACCUGGGAUGGUAUCCAGCAUGGGGAGAGGCUACGCACCAUGAGCUGCAGUGAUAAGAUCCUGCGCUGGAACGUGUUGGGCCUGCAGGGGGCGCUGCUCACUCACUUUCUGCAUCCCAUCUACCUGAAAUCCAUCACACUAGGGUAUCUGUACAGCCACGGUCACCUAACCAGAGCUGUGUGCUGCAGGCUGGCGAGAGAUGGCCAAGCGUUCAACCAAAGUCUCCCUCCUCCCUUCCAGCUAAACCACCCUGAGGUGGGCCGAGUCAGCGUGUACGACUCCACGCGCCACACAGGCAAAACUAAGGAGUCCAGUGUGAACUGGAGCCUUCCGGACCAGACGUGUGUGGAGGUUCUGGACGGGACCAAAGGCAAACUAGAUGGGAACAAGCUGGCCGUGUCCCGCGUGUCCAAGUCCAACCUCUUCUGUCUGUUCCGCUCGCUGUGCCAGCGGUGCGGCCGCACAGACCUCCUCUCCAUGCCCUCCUACUCUCAGGCCAAGAUGGCGGCCACAUCAUUCCAGCUAGCAAAGCAGCAGUUCUUCCAAGCGCUCGGUGACCACGGCUACGGAGCGUGGAUUGGCAAACCGCUGGAGGAGAAGAGCUUUGAGGUGGGGGAGUGGACAGGGGGCGUCGGAGGCAGCGGCGGCUCCGUCCCGUUCGGCAGCAAUGGGAACGGAGGAGCGAUGGAAUACAACCAGGCGGAGGCGUAGCGUGAUGCAGCCACGAAAUACGGGCGUGAGGCCGCUUGAGAAGGGGGAGGGAGGUGGAUUUAAAAUGAAACAAACAUACACACACAAAACCAAUAGGACAAUCAAACAGCACUUUGCCAAUGGCCACUAAUGUGUCAUCUGAUGGCUAAAGGUUACAGACGGAGCAGGAAGAUGAGAUGACGGGAAGCCUGAAGCCUGAAGCCUGAAGGAUAAGAGGGCUUGAAAAUAGCAACAAAGCCAGAGAAGAGUUAGUCGGGUCGUGUUAGCUUGUACAGACGCCCGUUGUUUUUCCUCCUCCCUCAUUUUGCAGAGCCGGCAGGUUUCCUAAUUAAAUGUCACAUGAUAUGCCACUGGGGCAGCGUUCCUGCUGUCCAGCUUUACUUUAUACGUCGUAAGGAAACCUGCAUCAAUGUCCGCCACGCACCUCUUUUCUGAUCCAAACCAGCUGCGUGCAAAUGUACCACAUCCAUCCACAUGUGGUUGCCAUGGUUACCAUUAGCACAGCAUAGGUCCGUGCACCUCUUUGAUCAGUCCUAUGCUUUUAUAUACACAUACAAGAACGAUGAUGUCAUGGCCUCUGGGCUGCACAGUACUUCUUUUCUUGAGGAUGUAAAGUCUGCCAGGUUGCCACAACUACUUCGCGCGUCCUUAUAUGGCCAUUCCAUGGUUGUGGCGUUUGGGUUCAAGUGAUCAGUUGUUUGCAGUGAUUUUUUUUUUUGAUGAUACUAUAUGCAAGAAGUCAACGCACAAGUGGGAUAAAAAACAAAACAAAAAGAAAAGCAGAAUGAAGUCAAAAGCAGCCCAAAUAUUACAUGAUUCCAUCCAGGAAAAUAAAUAUCGUCCUUGGUGGCACACAAUUUUGAUGUUCUUUUAUUUUUGGUUUUUAUGGCGUUUAGCUCCCACGCGGCCACUUGAGGCCUCCAGAAAGCUCUUAAAAAUCUAGCCUACAUUUAUUUCAUUUAUUCUGAAUUGAUUUUAAGUUACAGCUCAACAAAGUGAAUCACAACAUGUUUUUAUUGUGUGCUUGCAUCCUUUUAAAAGGUUGCAACCUGCUGGUUCAUGCCAGUGUGAAAUGUUUUUUUUUUUUAAUCUUCUAAUUAACAUUUAGUUUUGUUUUGAAGAGGGCUGCGGUUUUAUUUAAAAGGAUCUCUGGACGCCCCUGUUAGCAAUAUGUUAGACACUGUGUGUGUGUGGGGGAGGGUGGGGGUGUGUGUGUGCGCGCAUGCGUGCUUGUGUGUGUGUAGGUUAUUGUUGAUAGAACCGUAGUGAAAAUGUUUUUGUUUUGUUUUUUUUUUACAAAUAAAGAUUGGAAGUUCAAAAAGAAUAAAUGAACCAUGUACCACUGGAAUGUUUACUCUCAUCGGUCAUUCAGAAUUGAUGCAUCAUCUGCUUCUGAACCCUGGAGGGUGCUG